AUGCCUCGCAAGAAGAAGACUCCCAACGCCGGCGCCGGUGCUGCCGCUGGUGCUGCCGCUGGUGCUGCCGCUGGUGCUGCCGCUGGUGCUGCCGCCGCCCGCGAAUACACCGACUCUGAGCACAAGCUCAUGGUCGCCAUCAUGGAGCUCAUGCCGCGCCCUUCCCUCGACUACAACGCCCUCGCCGCCAAGCUCGGCUCCGCCAGCGUCAACGCCGCCCGCAUGCGCGUCACUGCUGCCGUCAACAAGCAUCCCACCUGGUUCACCGGCCCCGACGACGCCACCAGCAACGACGGCGAUGGUACCCCGGUCGAGAAGCCCCCCAUCAACCGCACCCCGAAGAAGAAGGUGCCGUCCGGCGAGGAUGACGAUGAGAAUGCCGAGGAGCAGGCCACGCCCCCCAAGAAGAAGGCUCGUACCGACAAGGUCAAGCAGGAGCUGGAGGAUGGCAUUGAGGUCCAGAAUUGA